GCCGCGCGGGGAGGCGCGGGGAGGCGCGGGACGGCGCGGGGCGGCGGAGGGGCCCCGGGACCCCGUCAGCCCCUGCGCAUCUCCGCCGCCGGAUCCUGCGCCCAGCUCUUGCGCCUCCCGUCCUCCCCCGGAAAGAAAUUCCAUCCCAGGAAAUUACAGAGGAACGUGCGGCCGACCUCCAGAAAACAGGCCUUCCUCUGGAAAUGCUGCUUUCUGUCAAGCCGACUAUCAAAACACAUUAAAUAUGAAGAUUUGAUAGAAAAACGUACAUAUAAGCCAACAGUAACCCAUAAGAUGAUUCUCUACAAUGCCUACCCCAGGAGGAAUUAUUCCACAAAUAAGGGCCCAGCGUGACAUUUAUGAGAAAGCCAGUGUCCUCCUGUGCAAAAUUGAUUGGUUCUCAGCCAACGGGCUCCCGGGCGUUGCAAACAAAGGCACCUUCUCCACUGGGACCUAUCAGAUGCAGGGCAGAGUAUUGCCUCUGCCUUUGGAACUUCAGGAAAUGCUCAACUCCUAUCUGGGCAGCACACAUCUGUGGCCAGCAAAGAGGAACCUGGCUUUGAAAAUGAAACAACUUCCUCCUCAAUUCGUUUCCAUCUUGGCCAUCUAUUGCUUCUGCAUGCUACAGAUUCCCUCCUCAGGAUUUCCUCGACCUCUAGCUGAUCCUCCAGAUGACUUGGAUAUCAUGCAGCUUGAGUGGCUGGCAUAUGGGGCAACUCUUUCUUGGCAAACUAAGGAUAAUCAAGACAUAUACAAAAGGGAUUCGAGGACUGAUGCAGGAGAUUUCACCAAGAAGGAUCACACUGCCACCUUGGGACGACCAUUUUUCCUUUUCAGGCCAAGGAAUGGAAGAAACACUGAAGCCAACACCCAGUAGGAUAGUCCAAGAAUUCAGUGGCAAAGAGAAACUGGAUCAGAUAAGGAAAUCGAGCAAUUAUUUUGAACAAAUGUCAAAUUUCUUUCUGUGAACAAUACUUAAAGAUAAUUCUCUUGCUCUGUAUUCUCCAAAAUAUUCAGUUGUGUAAAAAAUAAAGGAGCAUAGGCAUAACAUUUUCAUUUCUUGUUGGGAAGUCUUGGGGGAGGGAUAAGAUGUAUUUUUAAAAUAACAGGAUAUAUAUUUUUUUAAUGUGUUGGUUUUGGUAUUGUUUUCAUGUGCCUCAGCUAUCUUGUUAUUACUGAGAAUUGAGAGGACUGUCUGGCUUCAUAUUCUGACCCUUCCCCCUUUUAGCUGGAGGACUAUGGGCUGGUCACUUCUCUAUGCCUCAUUCUCCUCCAUGGUAAAGUGUAGUUGGUAAUGAUAGUACCUUCACAUAAUUUUUGUGAUGACUGGGGAGACCACCUGUUUUAGUAAGGGGCUUAGCAUAGUGGUACAUAGCGCUCAGUAAGCAUUGGCUCUAAUUACACUUCAAAGAUGAAAUCAAAGAUGAUUUUCAUGACACAAAUGGUACCAGAGCAACUUGCCCUUAUGAGAGCUGCUUCUCUGUGGCUGACCAGGGCCUUGAGGUUAUAGCACUAAGUUAAUGUCUAACAAUUCCAUGAGUCUUAGGCCCCUUACCUUCUUAGGCACCUCCUCUGUAAACAGGAUGUGACUUCCAGGCCUCCCAAGAUCAUUUGAAGGAGUAGAUGACGCAGAAGAUCUUCUCUUACUCUUUAAAUAAUAGUGACACAUACUUUCUCACUCUUUUUUCUCCAAUCACAUUUAUAUUAGUUCUUUUUUUAAUUGUUUAUGUAUUUUGAAAGAGAGAAAGAGUGCACAUGGAGCCCAAUGCAGGGCUCAAGCUCACAAACCAUGAGAUCAUGACCUGACCCGAAAUCAAGAGUCAAAUACUUAACUAAUAGCCACCCAGGGGCCCCAUAUUAGUUCUUUUCACUGCAGUCUAUAUUAUCUCCCAUAUUGUUUUGUCUCUCUGAUAUUCAUUAUGGAUAUUAUCUUUUAGUCUGUC